AUGAUCACAGGCAGAGGCAGGUUAAAUUUCCGAAGGGCAAGAAGGCGAAGCGUGUGGACGCCGACGGAAUCCAGGACGGGAACGGUGAGAAAAAGAGAUGGAUGGACCCCAGUCUCGCUGCCAAGGAGCGUUCCAAGCGCCGCAACAAGAUGCGAGAAAGCGAAGUUUUGGGUCGGCCUUUCCGGCGAAGUGCAGUACGAGGAUAAUACUAACUUUGAGGAUGAUGGUAUUCAAAUAGAACCAUUCAAUUUGAAGCAAGAGAGGGAGGAAGGCUAUUUUGAUGCAAAUGGAAAUUUUGUUGAGUAUGCUAAACAAAAUGAAAUCAAGGAUGCAUGGCUAGAUAGUGUUGUAGUUGAUACCAAGUUGGCAGGAAAGUUUAAGCCAAAAGCAUCUGCAGAGGAGGCAUAUGAUGAUCUGUCUUCAGAUGAUGUUGGAAAAAUAAAAAGGAGAAUAGCAAAUGCACUUCAACCUGGAGAAACAAUAAUUCAAGCUCUAAAAAGGCUGAAAGGCCCUUCAACGGAUAAGAAAGCAAAGUUGCUAGAGACUUCAAAAUGGAUUUUUGAUCAACUCACUGAAGAUGCUAUGAAACUGAUGGAGAAUGGAGAGUACAAUGUUUACUAUGAAGAUCAUGAGACUUUUGUUCGGGAGGCAGAAGGAUAUGAGCGUUUAGCUCAUGCAAAGGCAAACAAAUCAAAUAGCACAACACCUGCCGAACCGACUGAUGGAGAAGAUAUAUUUUCUGAUGAUGUUCAGCAUAGAGAACAAGUAUCAUCUAUAUGGGGCAUUCGUCCUGGAACUUCAGUACUUGCAGAUUCUGCUCGACAAGCAUCACCAGGUGAUGGUGGUGAUCAGUUUGACAUGUUUGGGGAUGAUGACGAUACUACCAAUGUGAAUCCACCCACCCCAAGUGCUGUCAGCUCUGCUUCAGAUUUUCGACAAGAUAAUCAACCUACAUCAAAAACCUUAAGUUCUUCCAAAGACUUGGACUCUGGAGAUGUCAGUCAUGGAAGGGCUGAAAAUGAUUAUGUAUAUGAUGAAUCAUCAGGUUACUACUACAAUAACAGUUUUGGUUAUUAUUAUGACUCAACCUCGGGAAUGUACUGUUCUGCUACAACAGGGACAUGGUACACAUAUGACGAGCAAAAUGAUACCUACACAGAAAUACAGAGCUCAACAACAGGAAGCUGAAGACGUCCCAUCCUUAGAUGGAUCAAAAGGGUGUAAAUCUAACUGCCUAAGCCUUGCUUACAGAACUUCAACUGUGGUUAAUCCACUGUAUACAUUCUAGAGCAUGGACAAAGAAAAAGGUUCUUACAACGUCUCAUGUUUUCAUCAUUAUUUGUUCUAGAUCAGAGAAAUUACAACUACUUCUAAGAGCUUCCUUUGCUCAUCGGAAACCUUAUGUGGGAUCAGACCGGUCAUCCUAGACUCAAUGAUAUUCAGUCUGAUUAAUCAUUUUUUUUCCCUUUGCUCGUCAAUUACCACCGGGGUCAUGGUAUCGCGAUAGGAUAUUCAGGUUAUCACCGAGGCAUUCGCGGUUCGAACCCCAGUUAUAGUGUAUUUGUAGGAAUUUUUUCUCCAAAUAGGAGGUGUAAUCAAAGGAUGCUGGGCUUCUGGAUU